UUAUUUUCUAUGCUAUGAAGAAAAGUCAUAUUUGAUGACAAACAUUCACGUGAAGCAAGAAUCAGGCAAUAUUCAAGAAAUGCAUUGAGUAUUUCAUGGAUAUGGAUUGGCAUCAUGAUAGUUUGGGCCGCUUUGAUGGGUUUCAUAUUCCUUGGGCAUUUUCAAAUGAGUAUUUUGGCGAUGAUGUAUAAAGAACGAACCCGAAAUUCAACUCGGAAUAUGGCGAGCUUCGAUGUAAUUGGCCCUAGGUAUAACUGGACUUUAAAGCAGGAAGGACAACUCAUAAGCGCAUUCUAUUAUGGACUAACUAUUAUGUCUUUUCCUGGUGGAAUUUUAGCAGAUUUAGUCGGACCUUUUAAAACAAUUCUUGUUACUUAUAGUUUAAUGACAAUUGUUACCACUAUUGCUGUACCCGUUAGUGGACAUAACUGGAUACCACUUUUCGUUUGCAGAUUUAUAACUGGAUUGUGCGCAGGUCCUUCAACACCUUGCCUGAUGUCCUUGAUAGCUAAAUGGGCCCCACCGAAGGAGAAAUCCAUUUUUAUGUGUUGCAUACUCGGAUUCACUUUUGGUACUCUAGUUACCCCACCUAUUUCAUCUAUAAUAAUAAUACAUUUAGGGUGGGAAUGGUCAUUCUACUUGACAUCCAUAGUUGGAGUCCUAUUCGUUGUGGCGUGGUUCAUUCUAGUUUCUGAUUAUCCAAUCGACAACUGGUUUUGCUCAAAAGAAGAAGCCACGUUCAUCAAUGACAGCUUGGAAGGGACUGUAGUCAAAGGAUGGAUGAAACCACCUAUCUGGCAGAUGCUCAAAUCAGUUCCGUUCAUCAUUGUAGUUUUGGCUCAUUAUGGCGUGGUAUCUGGAUUGUUCCUCGUAGUAGUUCUUCUGCCUAAGUUUCUCGAUGACGCCAUGCAAUUUGAUCUGUUGAAAAUCGGCGAUAUCACCGCCAUUCCUGGCUCCGGUAUAGUCGUUGCAGGAAUAAUUUAUGGAAGUGUAGUAGGAUAUGUAACGAAGAAAUACGAUUUUGAUAAGAAAUAUUUGAGGAAAGGAUUGGUUAUCUUCUCGCAUUUGCUGCCAGGAAUAUUCCUAAUGUCAUUUUUAUUGACUUUCUUGUUUGAAUUCGGAGAAAACCUGGUGAUAGGACUUCUGGUCAUUGCUACAAUAUGUACAGCAGCAGCAAUGGUGACCACUACCAUGAAUCCCCAAGAUUUGGCACCCAAUUUUGCUGGAACACAGAUCGGAAUAAUGGGACUUUUUGGAUCUACCGCAGGUUUCAUUUAUCCCGCUAUUUUGGUGGAACUAACGAAAGAAAAGAAUGAUAUUCGCCAAUGGUCCAUUCUACUGAGCAUUAUUGGUGUGGUUUAUUUGUUCACUGGUUUUCUAUUCAUAAUUUUUGGUACAACUGAUAUUCAACCCUGGAAUGAGAAGAGAAGUACAAUCCAGUUGACCUCUUGACUUAUCGUAAAAAAAUAUUAUUUUAA